AUGACGGAUAGCUAUGAGGCUCGUGAACGUCCUGAUGAGCUGUUCGAUCUUUCGGAUUGUGCUCUCAAAAAGAUCCCUGAUGGAACAUUCUCCCUAGUUAGAGUUCUGUUGAAAACUCACCUGUAUCUUCACUGCAAUUCCAUACGAAAUCUGGAAUCCGGCGGGAAACUAUCCGAUCUACGCGGUAUCCAGGUCCUUAAUUUAAGUUCCAAUAACCUAUCAACCCUACCUGAUGCUUUGGACCAGCUGACUGCACUGCGGGAGUUGAAUCUCUGCAGCAAUCAGAUUGACGCAUUUCCUUUGUCCAUCACCCGAUUGCGUUGUCUCACUUAUUUGAAUCUUGAGGAUAACCGAUUGAGCUCACUACCUCCCGAUAUUGGCAACCUCAAGCAGUUGGUCACUUUAUUGCUGUCUAAAAACCCGCUUGUGGCGCUGCCGAAGGAAGUGGUAUUGUUAACCAAGUUGGAGCGAUUGACGCUUCCGUUGGAGAACAUGCGCACUCCUCCAACAGGUAUUUGUGAUCAGGGAAUAGACGCUAUCUUUCGAUAUUUCAGUCAAGUGAAAGUUAUCUGUCAUAAUCUAUCCAAAACUCUUAGAAACUGUUAA